AUGGAGGAUAUAUUUUUUCAUAUGCUCUUUGUGGUGCCUCUCACCAGGUGGAUCACAAAUAUAGGAGCCACGAUAGCUCUUAUCGCUCUCUUCGCCAUAGGAGUUCUCCAGUCAAGCCGCGCGCCAAACCACUUCGAAACCAUCGGAGUCCCUCCAAACGCUCCUCCCCGAGUUGUGUCUUCUGCCUACCGCAGACUUUCUCUAAUGUACCAUCCAGACAAAAACCCUUCGAUGGAGGCAAAAGAAAUGUUUGCAAAGAUUCGCGAGGUUAGUACAUCAGACGCCAGCCAAUCUAGGGUUUAG